UUUACAAUUAAAAUUCACAAUUAAAAUUUACAAUUAAAAUUUACAAUUGCUAUUAAAAUACAGAAUUGCAAUUAGAAUUAGAAUUAAAAUUUAGAAUUUACAAUUGCAAUUAAAAUUCAGAAUUGCAGUUCUCCAAAAUUCCUAUUUUGGAAUAAAAGGAGAAAAUGCAUUUCGUAACAAAAUGGAUCAUUUUUUUCGCAAUAAACAAUGUUUUCGCUCUUGAAAAUGAACCAUCGAUUGACGACAUAAAACAUUUGGAGAAAGCUCUUCACGUUGCACUAAAGCACAUGAAACAAGAGGCAAAAUAUGAAGAUGUGGCAAUUUGUAUUGGACUAACAAGAUCGGGAAAAAGUACACUAAUUAAUUAUUUGAUUGGAAAUAAAUUAAUUGGCGAGAGAGUGUCACUAUUCAAACCAGUGGCACUGAAGAAAGCCGAUCAAUCACCAGGACCCGAAAUUGGAAUUGGCUCAACGUCAGAGACAAUGAUACCAACCAGAUGGUUGUCAAAAAAUUUUCCCACUUUAACAAUUUGGGAUGCUCCAGGCUUCGACGAUAAUCGUGGACCAAUUCAAGACAUCACUAAUGCAUUCUACAUUUACCAAUUACUGCAAAAUGUGAAAUCGCUAAAAAUUAUUUUGGUCGUGGAUUUCAAUGACAUUUUAAACGACAAUAUUAGACCAUUUCUAACAGUUUUGUCGUCAGUGGAAAAUUUAUUGAAAAAGAAUAUAAAAAAUAGUUACAGCAGUAUGGCGCUAAUUUUUACAAAAGUACCCGACUAUUUAAACACAAGUCCAAUUGAUUUCAAUUUCAUCAAUGAUCUUCUGACCGAACAAAUUUUAACCACCUCGAUUCACAUGUCAGUGGCCUCGAGAAAUUUCGUUCAAUUCCUAAUUGAGAACAAUCAAAAUAUCGGCCUCUUCAAAAGAGCAAAAGUUGGACCAAUAACUACGGAGAUGGUAGACAAUGGUAUUUUCACAGCCAUUCAAAAUACCACAACCAUCAACGAGCAACUUCUAAGAAACGUUUAUCCAAGCAUUUCCGAAGCAUCAACAAUUUUCCUAUUCCAAAUCCGCGAGAAAUUAUCAUCAAUGGAAAUAUUCGUCAAUCUGCAAAAUACUCUACGCAUCGUUCUUGAUCAAAAAUUAGAAACCUAUGACGAUAUAAAUAAAUCUGGUGCAUUAAAAACAAAACUCAAUGGAAUAAUCAAAGAAUUAACGACAAUUCGCGAUCGAAUUAAUAAAGCACUAGUGCCAGGAAUAAAUUUCUCCGCUAAAAUUGAAAUUCUUCAAACAAUUGAUAUUCAAAUUGAAAAAUUAAUCACUGACAAUAAUUUAAUUGAAAAAUCGAAUUUAAUGGAAUUUGUCGAUAAACUAUUGGAUUUAAAGGAAAGCAAUCAAUUUUCAAUUAGUCUCGAAGGUGUUUUAUUGACCGCUAAUACAAAAGUGGGUGAAUUAAUUACUGCCGUGCAAUUGAAAUUGGGCGAAAUAACGCAACAGGAAUAUAGUGAAAAAUUGGAGAGUGAAAGAAAAAAAUUUGAGGAAGAGAGACGUAAAUUGAAUGAACAAAUGAAACAGGUGAGUGAACAUAAUAAUCAAAGAAAAAAUAUAUUCGCUGAAUUGUUUACAGCAAUUGGCAUUGGUAUUGCAAAGGCGAUCUCAACAAUUUUCGGUUAAUUAACGAAAUUAAAAAAGUUUACAAAAAAAAGACAACAAUAAAUUUUUUUUUUGAAAAAAAAUUAUUUUAUAAAUAAUAAAAUUAUUCUUAUUAAUAGUGAAAUUAAUUUUUGAGUAAUAAAUAUUUUCGUUUAUUCUUCAACGUAAUAGUUAACAGAUAAGAUUUGUAGAUUCGUUAUGUAAUAAAAAAUAUGUAAUAAAAUA